AGCUAACAGGCACUUACUUACAUUUUCCCAGUGACACACUCAGGCCGAAGCAAUUAGCGUAAUGAGUCGCGUUAAAUGAAUAUUGAAAAGCAGUCCGGACGCGAUGAGAUGUAUUUCGUUCUAAUGUGGAUGAAACUGUGUUUCAACCAGGGAUUCUUUCGUCUAGAUUCGUCCUUUUAACAAGCAGGCAAAACGGUAACGACAGUCAGUUUAAGUGACGAGUUGUGUUUUUACUACUCAUAAUCUGCUGAAGCUAAAGAGAGGGAAGCCUCAUUGACAAAUGCCAAGUGAAGGGACGAUCGCUAGUGGGAUUUUCUCUUGUUUUUCGUAUUCUCUAUCGACACUAUGUCAGCUUUGUCAAAGAACAGGUUCACAUUUGAUGUUUUGAAGCAAUUGCCCUUUGAAUGUGAUAGUCGAUUAGAACAGUUGUCGAAGCUUGACUUUAUUUUGUCGAAACUGUACAUUGCUCUUACUGCCUGUAAUUGGGUGCACAUUCUCAAAUGGGACAAUGAACUGGAUAAAUGGCUUCAAUUGGGGUAUAGACUGCCUAGAAAGACGCACACGACACUCGUGAGCAUUUACUAUGAGUUAGCAAUGUCUAUGAACCUCACACAAUUGGUUGACAAACACGCAAGUGCACGCUUUCGACAGCUAUUAGACCUUCCUUCAUGCCCGGACGAAAGCUGUCAAGGCAAUGUUUGUACUCAUUGCAUUGACAAGCGUUAUCUUACAGUAGCUGAUCUGCAACUGGAUUGGCGUUUGGCUUUUGCUUUACUAAAGAAGUACUUCUAUCCAAAUCAACACUACCAAUCACCCGUUCUUCCACGAUUUACUUGUGAUGCUGAGUUGAUUCGUGCUGCAAAUGCAUUCUUCCCAGCGGAAGAAACAGAAAACGUACUUAACGAAGUGUUGCCUCUGUUUUCAUUAUCUCAUUGUGAAGAUGCAUAUAUCGCUAUUGGGAUGCUUUCUUUGUUAGUUCCUGCUUCACCUUCUUCAUCAGAUGACUUUGACUUAAAUCCACAGACGUGGCUCCCUACAAUAUUCCAUCUUUACAAUAUGCUAAAGAAGGGGGAUGUCUGUGGCACGUUGCUGUUCGAUAUGUUUUCUCGUCUUGCCGUUGGUGGUCUCAGCGACAAAUACAAAUAUCAGUUUUCUGAGUAUGGUGUAUUUACACAAAAGCAAGCACGGACUUUGUUUCAUUAUGGUCUUCAACUGUUGCAUCUGAGCGUACGUAAUGGGUUGUCCUUCACUGAAAAUACGCAGAGCUUUGCGAUGGAAGUUGCAUUUGAUGCUCGGGGCGCCACAGUAGUUUCCCAUCUUGCCCGAUGGAUUGUGUGCUCAUUGAGCGUAAAAUGUGAGGAAGCCGAGGAUAGCAUUCUUACUUUGCUUGACGAAUUAUUUUCCUUGAUUUCACAGUACUUUUAUCCUUCAGUUGAUGGAUCGAAUAAUGUCUACCUAUAUCAAUUUCUUCAAGAGUUGGCAUAUUGUUUUCUUGAACGUUGGACCUAUGAAAACGAUGAGAAGGUUUCCAUUCCAAAGGAGAGGCGAUUGACGAAAUUCACAAAAGAAAAAUUUGUUGGGAUAUUGAAACCAUCUAUGCUUUACGCUAUCUAUUCAAGUGCUCCUUAUUUAUCUGAGAUGGCUCAGGGUGCUCUCCGUGCUCUCUCCAUUCUUGAACCGGAUGUCAUUGUGCCAUGCAUGUUGAAAAGAAUAUAUCCCGCACUACAAUCAUCACUUGAAACACAUCAAACAUUAAUUUCACUUGAAUCUCUCAUCACGCUUGCCCCAAUUAUCGCCGAGUCGAAGAGGUAUCGUCCUCAUAUUAUAUCAUUGAUGGAACUCCAGCUUCCGGGAAUUGACCCAAAUGAUUCUCAAAAAACAAGAUUGGUCUUACACUUCGUGGCUGUCAUUGCUCAGUGUGUCUCGUUUUGUAAAAUUGAUGAGAAUGUAGAUCGUAAUAUCUUCCUUCAAUGGCUUCAAAUGGAGAUCAGAAACCUGGACCAUACAGAUUACGACAACCUCACAUCCAAAGGUGAUGAGACUGUUAUUGACUACGACGAAAUUAUGAGUAGUGCAAUGAACAGCUUUCCCGAGUGGAUGAUUCGCUUUGAAGACCGUGUAUUUACACUUCUCGAAAACUUUCCGGAUGGGAAAGACAAAAAGUUGAUUGAGAGUUAUCUUUUAAUGGCGUUGGAGUCACUGCUAAAGUCUAUGAGCGAUGAAUGGUUUAAUUUGGCACUUUCGAGAGCCGCCAACUUUGUUUCAACGAAUGUCAUUCAUCAAUCUAUGGACGCCGUAAAAGGGGUUUGUAUGGCGUUUUCAUGCGUUGCUCCCGAAAAAACUUGGAGUGCAUUGUAUCCUGUUAUAUCGGCCAACAUUUUUUUUGAAAUCGAUGAAAAUAAGGCAGGUCUUUCACGAGGAUCUAACGCAGACGCGAUUUUACCCCGUGAUCGCACAUUGGUUUGGAAUCUAAAUAUCCUAAAUACCAUUAUCGGCUCAAAUGCCACAUACUUUCUUCGCAAAGAGGAAGAACUGAUAACGUUGCUUGACAAGCUUCUUCGUUGCAGAGGAUUUGUAAGUACAUUAGCCUCAUCUUGUAUGAGUCAACUAGUAACUCGGUUGAUUUCAGUUUUCCCAACAUAUUCUUUAAAAACACAACAUCUGACUACAGACGAAUGGGGAAAACCUUGUAAAGAAGGAUCUUUUCAUAUGUGUUGGAAUAUACCUUUUGAACAGGAAAUUGACUUGGUCGUUAAAGUGUGCAAUCGCUAUAUGAUGUUAUGCAUGGAUCGUCUACAACACUUAAUUAUCGAUCGGAAGUUGACCAACGCAACAAUUGAAUGGGUAGACGAAGUUAAUUCUUACCUCGAACGCUUAGGGUUCAUGUGCUCAGCAUCCGCAGAGUUGUUCCGAAUUCCAGAUCAAGAGUUUGUUCCAGAAUCUGAAUAUGAUGAAGACAACAUGUACACGGCAGAUUUUGAGUAUGUACGCUCUAAGAGCCAUUGUCGCUGGGCUAUAACUACUCAGCAUAGAUCUAUCAUGGAUGCAUUACGGGAGCGCUUGGGUUCUCUCUUAAUAGAACUUCAUAGAAUCAUGUUUGACUCUGUCGAUUCUGACGUUUCUAUCUUAAAAAACCUUGUUAUAUGUGAGAAUAAGUUUUUGUCUGAUUACGACUAUCCGGUUUCUCUUCUUUCUGGCCGCGAUUAUUCAAACUAUCUUAAUCCUACCCUUCGUUACACAAAUCUUCUUAAAUUUUUUGACUUUGUUCCACAAAAACAACCCUAUUCUGCAAUGCUUUUAAGUCACAACAUUUAUGUGAAUUAUCAAAAUCAUAUGUGUCGGUCGUUCUUGUCACGAAUCCCUACUUCAAAUGAGCGGAUUCUGAUUCACAACCUCACUGUGCCUUGCUGUUCACAGUAUGAAGACAUACGUCGCACCGCGUGUUCAGCUUUGACAGAUUGUGUUCCUUUCUUCCGUCGCAUCCGGCUACCUGUUUUGCAGUCCUUGAUAGGCAUCCUCAAAGAGUCCAAGGAUGUCAACGUCCUUCAAGGAGCAUUUGAGGCUAUAUUCUUCAACCCCUUCUUAAUGAACUUGGUGCAUAGACAUUGGGUUUUUUUAUCACCUUUUCUAUCCAUCCUUAUCCGACUGUGGAGCCUUGAUGAGCCUAUCUUACGGACUAUUGCUUCGGAUGUCUUCGAAUACGAUAUGACAACGACUGUCUGCUAUGAAACUUAUUUUCCUGUUUAUAAGCAUUUAUAUGUCCCUAAAGUUUCUUCACAGUCAGAAACCGAAAGACUGCGUCUGUGGUGCCGCACCGAACAACAAAGACAAAGAGACCGAGAGGCUGCCCUCAAGACUCGGGAUGAAUUCGUUGACCUAUUCCCUAAUGCCAUUGGAAACUAAAAAAAUGGAUUACAACCAUAUUUUGUUCAUUUGCUAAUUUAUUUGUUCCGCCGGUAUCAGAGACAUUGAAAUUAAUGAGUGAUGGACUUGCGGCAUCACAUUGCAUCAACAGAAUGAAGAGCGUUGAUGGACUUUUUGAAAUUCUGUUAUAUAUCUGGGAAAUAGCUCUAUCAAAAGGAAAUACAGAUGAUAUACUAUGCCAAACACUACGUCUCCCGAAUGAAUUAAAGUUAGAAAGAACCCCCGAAAACAAGAAAGUAUUUAACCAAGCUCUCUUUGACUUCAAGAAGCGCGACAAAAUCUUCUGCGUACAGUAUACGUUUCCUGGCUGGUUUGUUUUACCUAACGCUUUCAAUUCACUACGGCGUGAGUAUGACAGAAAGAUGGAUUUCUCGGCAGUACAGGUUCUUGUUGAUAACGUUGUUGAAACAAUUGAUGAAAACUGGUUCCAAAAAGUAUCGACCUAUUUCGCUGAAGGCUUCUCAGAGGAAGGAGAAGAUGAUGAGGAAGAAUCAUCUAGCUACUCAGUUACCACGGAAAAUUGGCAACUCAAAGUUGUUUACUUUUGGGGAUCAAUUUUCAAGCUUCUUUUUAAUGUGGACUCUAAUGUUUCUGCAAGUUUUUUACAUAAGCAUAUUGAUACCUUGUGUUCGUCUUCUGACUGCUUCGUCAAUCGAUCGGGUAUUGAACUGCUCACUGGUGUAAUUUUGAGUUUGCCCUGGUGCAAUGAGGAAGUCGCCCAGAAACAUUGGGAAUGGGUUGUGUCUGUUGUGGAUAAUUCGUUGCAAACUAACUUAUUGCCGGAAAAUUUUGAGUAUUGGUCACAGUUAAUUUUGACAAUCUUCACGGACCGAGAUCCUGCUCUUUAUUGGCCUUUAUAUGACAAGUUGGUCAGCAUUUAUCGUACCAUAUCUUUCAGUCAUAUCUGUUUAGAUACUGCGAAACUUGAAUUACUGGCACGGCUGUUUAAAGCACUCGGUUGGCACUUUCAAAAUACUGAACUUGUUUACAAGUUUUUACUUUCCAAUUUACAGCAGCCAUACAAAAAAUACAGGGAAGUAAUUGGUACUGCAUUAGCCGAAACCGAGCUUGUACACGUCCAUGAGUCCUUUGAUUCGGUUGGCGCUUUAAUAAAAGCCAACCUGACAGCAGGCUCGCUUGGCUUAUUCUUUGAAGAUAGUCCUUCUAUGAAAGUCGAUACUUUGGUGACGGCGUAUGAAGAGCUUGAACUCUUGCGUCUUGAGGCGAAGACUGAUUCAGAUUGCAAGAGUUAUGCAUAUUAUGCAAGCACAAUGGCUCAUUGGACAGAGAGUUUGUUAUUGCAUCCGAGUGGUUUUGUCGUCUUGUCUGUUGUUCCUGAUACGGUUUUGCCUGCAGUAAUUCAUAUGUUGGACGUGAAAGAUGAAGACGAUCUACAACAAACAGCAUCAUUUUUGUUAAAAUUGUUGGGAAGUUUGAUUUAUCCUUUGUCAACUGUUGAUAAAUUUUGCUAUUCCUGUAUAGCUAUCAUGAAGAACCAAGAUUCUUGGCAUCAUCGUCUACAUAUCCUUACUAUUCUCCCCCCUUUCAUGUUUCAACAUUCUCUCAUCAUAAGCAAGGAAACGAAGCUUUCUGUGUUAGAGAUGCUCAUUAUCAUGCUUGAUGAAACAAAGCCUGAAGUUCAAGAAAGUGCAGCCAUUUCGAUAGCCAUGUUAAUUCAGUGUUUUACACAUUCACGGCUUGAUGUUAUUCUUAAUUUGCGCGAACGAUUUUUGAAGGUUCUUAACAUUACUCCAUCGCUCAAGUCUGUUGUUGAGAGUUCAUUGUCAGAGUGCGAAUACUGUCAACUGGUUGCUCAAAGACAUGCAGCGGUGUUAGGCCUUUCGGCACUGGUGAAUUCUAAUGCUGUUGACCUGCCUCCAAAAUGGAUGAAGCCUGUUCUCCUGCGGUUGGUUGAAAUUACGAAUGAUUUACAACCUCUUGCCACGGUUGCUAAAAAAACAAUCGCCAAUUUCAAGAAAUCACACUCGGAUGUAUGGCAGUUGAUGUUGGGAUAUUUUACUAGCGAAGAGCUUAUUGAACUGAAUAGUGUUUCAUCUCAUUCUUACUUUGCAUAAUAAGCAGAGGAGAUGACGCUUUUUGAACAUCUCAAGAUACAAUCUUGCCAAAUAUUCUCUACAUCAACGGUUUUCAGCAUAAAUUUUAUCUUCUUGUUUACUACGCCUGUUACUAUUACCUAAUGUUCCACAGACACCUAGUGCUUAGUGACUAAAACUUGAUGGGCUCUAAUUACAGCUGAACGUGGAUGGAUAAGAUUAGUACCAAAAAAUUGUUGCCUGAAAGCUAUUACAAAUGUUUAGCCUAACAAGUGAAACGAACCGUUUUAAGGUAUAAUUCCGAUGACAAAAAGAACAUCAAAAAAAAAAUCUCGAUGUUAAAGGAGAAUAUGACAUUCUUGAAUGUCAACCGCGACUUGAAUUCUAGAGAUUGUUCUACUAAUGAUUUAACUAAAAAUGAAACUGAAUCGGUCGGUUGCCGUUCAGUAACGCCUUUAGAAAGCUCUCAACACUCAUUCAAUACUCUAGGCCGACUGUAUGAAACUAAUAAUUUCUCAUUGAGCAAAAUUGCACUAGUAAUAUUGUUCAUAUUUUAAACAGUGUGCUCCUAUACUUUUACAUCGUCUAAACGAAUUUAGGAGAGCAGUGGAAAUCUGUAUAACUGUUGCGAGAUCAUGUUUUAAUAGCAAUAUUUUACUUAGUCCAGUAAUGAUUCAUUGGGCUUCCUCAGUCAAUUUAAUUCCUUCUUUCAUAACGCUUACUGCAAUCAGUAUACCAAGA